AUUAUGACUAUUCAAAUAAAUUCAGCUUUCAAAUUAUUUCGUCAAAAAUUUCUUAUUGAACAAUUAAUCAUUCCAACCCGUUAUAAACAUCGUAUAAAAUUUGAAAAUGAUUUACAAAAAAUUCGUAAUAUUGGUAUAUCGGCACAUAUUGAUAGCGGGAAAACAACAUUAACCGAACGUAUCCUUUAUUAUUGUGGUCGUAUUGAUUCAAUGCAUGAAGUUCGUGGUAAAGAUAAUAUUGGUGCAAAAAUGGAUUCAAUGGAAUUGGAACGACAACGUGGUAUAACCAUACAAUCAGCAGCAACAUAUGUAAAUUGGCAAGGCGCGAAUAUAAAUAUUAUCGAUACACCUGGUCAUGUUGAUUUUACUGUUGAAGUUGAACGUUCAUUACGUGUUUUAGAUGGUGCUAUACUUGUACUUUGUGGUGUUGGUGGUGUACAAUCACAAACCCUUACGGUUACUAGACAAAUGAAUCGUUAUAAAGUACCUUGUAUUGCAUUCAUUAAUAAAUUAGAUCGUACAGGUGCAAACCCGAAACGUGUUAUGGAACAAAUUCGUAAAUCAAUUGGUUUUAAUGCUGCAUUUAUGAAUCUGCCGAUUGGUUUGGAAGGAAAUCUUUCCGGUAUUGUUGAUUUGAUUGAACAAAAAUCUGUUUAUUUUGAUGGACAAAAUGGUGAACAAAUUCGUUAUGAUUCAAUACCCAGUGAUAUGGUUGUGGAAGCAAAAGAAAAAAGACAAGAAUUAAUUGAAUCAAUAUCAAAUGUUGAUGAUUAUAUUGGUGAACUUUAUCUGGAAGAACGUAUGCCAACAAAUGAGGAAUUGAUUGCUGCCAUACGACGACAAUGUAUCCAGAGGAAAUUCGUACCAGUAUUCACUGGUAGUGCAUUGAAAAAUAAAGGUGUACAAAUAAUGUUGGAUGGUGUUGUUGAUUUUCUGCCUGAUCCAUCUGAGGUUAAAAAUUUUGCUUUGAUACAAAACGCACAAGAUAAUGAUCAAUCACAACAACCACCAACUGAAGAAGAAAUUGAAAAAAUUGAAAUGAAUCCAGAACGUGAUGGAAAAAAUAUAUUCGUUGGUUUGGCAUUCAAAUUGGAUGCAACAAAAUUCGGUCAAUUAACCUAUAUGCGUGUUUAUCAAGGAAGGAUUCGUAAAGGUGAUUAUAUGUAUAAUUCAAGAACGAAAAAAAAAGUUAAAGUUUCACGAUUGGUACGAAUGAAUGCCAAUGAAAUGGAAGAUAUUGAUGAAGCAUUAGCUGGUGAUAUUUGUGCAUUAUUUGGUAUUGAUUGUGCAUCCGGAGAUUCAUUUGUUACGGAUCGUAAUUCAAAUUUAUCAAUGGAAUCUAUUUAUGUACCGGAACCAGUGAUUUCAAUGUCAAUAAAAACAACAUCAAAAGAUUCGAUGGAUCAAUUUUCCAAAGCCAUACAACGUUUUACAAAAGAAGAUCCAACAUUUCGUUGUCAUUGGAAUAAUGAUUGUAAAGAAAUGAUUGUAUCGGGUAUGGGUGAAUUACAUUUAGAAAUUUAUGGACAAAGAAUGGAAAGAGAAUAUAAUUGUCCGGUUAUAUUGGGUAAACCAAAAGUUGCAUUUCGUGAAACAUUAUUACGACCGGUAAAAUUUAAUUAUCUACAUAAACGACAAUCCGGUGGUGCUGGUCAAUAUGGUUGUGUUAUCGGUGUAUUGGAACCAUUACCAAUGGAACAGAAUACAAAAAAUUUAUUUUCCGAUGAAACAUCCGGACCGAAUGUACCACGUUGGUUUGUACCGGCCAUACGUAAAGGUUUUGAUGAAAUGUGUGAAAAAGGACCAUUAAUUGGACAUCGUAUUUGUGGUGUUAAAUUUCGUCUGCAAGAUGGUAAACAUCAUGUUGUUGAUUCAAAUGAUAUUGCAUUUCAAUUGGCUGCACAUGGUGCUAUGAAACAAGCAUUCGAAACUGGCCGAUGGAUGGUAUUGGAACCAAUAAUGCAUGUUGAAGUUAGUGCACCAGCUGAAUAUCAAGGUGAAUUAAUAGGGUUAAUAACCAGACGUAAUGGCCUAUUACAAUCAACAAAUGAAAUGGAUAAUUAUUUUAUUGCAAAUUCUGAAGUACCAUUAAAUGAUAUGUUUGGUUUUGCAACUGAAUUACGAACACUAACACAAGGUAAAGGUGAAUAUACAAUGGAAUAUUCACGUUAUUCACCAGCCAGAAAUGAUGUACAACAAAAUUUAAUGGAUAAAUAUCAACAAGAAUUAAAUGAACAACAACAACAACAAACAAAUAAAAUGAGUAAGAAAAAUUAAAUCAAAUCAAAUGUCAAAAAUCAAAAAUCAU